CCGAAGGAAGGUGGUGCUGUUGCGCACGAGUCCCAAACUCUGCACCAGCGACAGCUCCUUGACUCGUCGCUCUUUGGAGAGUUUUUUUAUGGAUAAAUGUGCAGCAGGAACAAAUGAGCGCGUGCUGAUGAUCUUCACUUAAAAGUUAUGGAGCAGCUUUAAAGUUGCGGCUGCGCACUCUCACUGAUCCGCUUUGGAGUCGCCAGCAUCGCGCGCCCUAGUUUGGACACUCGAUCUGCUGGACUGGCUGCAUUUGGGCCAUGGAGUGUCUCCUCUGCGUCUCCGCGGCUCCUUUUUAAACGUGCGUCUGGACCCGCUACCUGCGUGCGUUUGGCACUGCUCUGAUCUACGGGGAUUACGCGCGCGUUUUUCUGCAGACAUGGUUUCUCACAGUGGAAGUUUGGUCCCGCAGCCGCGCUCCUAAACUCCCAUCAUCACUUUCUUUAUCUGAACGUUACUUUGAUGCAGCGGGACGACAUGGCCAAGGAGCUGAAGCCACGGCUGUGCGUCAUGGCGAAAGGCCAGGGCGGGUAUGGAUUUCACUUGCACGGCGAGAAAGGCAAAAGUGGGCAAUACAUCCGCAAAGUGGAGCCGGGUUCCCCGGCGGAGGCGUCGGGGCUGCGGGCCGGGGACCGAGUGGUGGCCGUGAAUGGAGCGAACGUGGAGAGAGAAACGCACCACCAGGUGGUGCAGCGGAUCAAAGCGGUUGGCCACGAGACCAGGCUGCUGGUGGUCGACAACGAGACGCACGAAUAUCUCCGCAGCCUGCGCCUCACGGCCACAGAGGAGAUGGCCGUUCUGGGGAGCGGCGCUCCCACCUCCUCUACCCCUCAAGCCUCCCCCUCCCCGGCGCCGUCCUCCACUCCUUCCUCCCCCGCAAAAAAGCGAGAGAAUGGCUCAGUGUCUAAGCAGAGCGGCCAGGUGCAGAAGCCCACCAGGAGGUCGCCAUCAAAGGCUGCAAAGAAGGAGGCAGACGCCGACUCCGAGGCCCCGUCUCAGCCCCACGCGGACCCAUCCGAGCUCAAUCCGCGUCUGUGCCACCUCGUGAGGUUGGACACCGGUUACGGCUUCAACCUCCACAGCGAUCGCUCUCGGCCCGGCCAGUACAUCCGCUCCUUGGAUCCUGGAUCGCCUGCCGAUCGUGCCGGGCUCCGACCUCAAGACAGGCUCAUUGAGGUCAAUGGCGUUAACAUAGAGGGCAUGCGUCACGCGGAGGUCGUUGCUUUCAUAAAGAAAGGAGGAGAUCAAACCUGGCUGCUGGUGGUGGAUCCAGACACAGAUGAACACUUUAAGAGGAUGGGAGUGAUCCCAACGUUAAGCCACGUCAAAGAUUAUGACGGUCCGUCCAUACCCAACGGACCAUCCAACGCUCAAAUCAACGGCAGCUCUACCACACAGUCCAUAAGGUCCACGCGCUCCGACCUUAGCAGCCAGGGCAACAGCACACAGCUGGCGGAUGAUGACGGCAGCCUGCACAUGGACCCUUUCGCCGAGAUGGGCUUGAGUCUGAGCGCGACAGCAGCGGAGGAAAAGAUGAAGGUUCAUGCCAAGGAGAAGAGGAAGGCUCCACAGAUGGACUGGAUGAAGAAAUAUGAGCUCUUUAGUAAUUUCUAGAACAUUGGAAUUCACCUGAGAGACCAAAAGACAGACCCUAAAACAGACCCGUCUCUGGGGUUGAAUCUACAAGAGGAUGAAGGUGACCAAACGGCUUUAACUUUUCAUCUACUCUUCCCUCGCCAUGAAUUCAAAGCUAAACGACUGCAGACACUCUUUUAUAAAACUUGCUUCAGACGUUUUGAGCUCAGAGAGAAUGUUGAACUGAAGCCUCUGUCUCUGCUUUUAUGAUGCCAUUUUUCCAAAAGACUUAUUCAACAGCUUUUUUUAUAUUUAAAAUGUGUAAACACUCAAAAAAAAAAAAAAAAGGACUGCCUUCAUCAGUUCCCUGGACACUACAACGUCAGUGAUUUUGGAUUAUAAAAAACUUUUCCUCCAGUUGGAAGAACCCAAAGCGAGAAAGACCACUGUGAAAGUCUAGACCUCUCAUUGUGUCUUACAUGUGACUCAUUUAGACAGCAUCUGUGUACACUUCAAUGCCUUUAUCAGGAAGAGCUUUAUACUUAUUUAGCUAAUCACUAACACUCACUAAUAUAUAGCUAAACCAAAAACGGAAUGAGCUUUACUGUUGCAUAAUAAAGGGCGGCACCACCAAAACACUCAUGAAGGACAUGACAGACAUUAGCAUAGUGAAAGCUACGGCGGCCCUGAAGGACAAAUCACUUAAAAACAUGUUAAAAAUCACGAUAAUUAAGAAAUAAAAACAAAUAAUAAAAGAUUUACAUUUUAGAAAUUUAAACUGUAUUUUGAAAAUGAAAAAAAGAAACACAAUUCCAGAAAAAUAAAUACAAAUGCAAUGUUUCAGAAAACAAAAAUAAAAUCUUAAAAAAUGAAAGACAAUAAGAAAUCGGUUGAUGUUUGUCCAUCGUUUCAGCAAAAAGCUAUUUGGCAUAAAUAUGCUCAGUUCUAAUCAUAAAACUUUUAUUAGUGUGUAGACAUUUAAGAUCUAUUUUUUAAAAACUCAGAUGUCAUUAUCCAAUCAAUGAUGUCCCAUACUCCCUACUUUUUCUGGUUUCUUUUGUUAUAGUUUUUUAAUUCCUGAAAAAUACUUAAGUUUUCAGAAACAUUUUUUACAUUUUUUUGUAAUUGUGUUUUAGGGUUCUGGAAUUUGCCUUGAUUUCCAAAUGUUUUGCAUUUUAGAUUGUCGUGGUGAUAUUUAAUAUGUUUUUGCGCUAAGCGACUUGUUAGCGUGAUUUGCACUUCAGGGCCACCAUAGAAAGAGCAAUUUCUAAGCAUUUCAAGACAUGAAAAUGAUUGAUUUGAACAGCAGGGGGCGAGCUUGUCUCACAAAUGCAGAUGCAGCAUUUUCAAUGCAAUACAAUUGCAAUUUCAGUGCACCCAUUUGUGACAAAAUGAAGAGAUUUAAAAGUAGGCUGAAUCCUUUUUAUGUGGUUGGAGAGAUUUCGAUUUUACAGCUACUCAUUAAAUAUGAUGCUAUGUUAUCAUUUCUGAAGCCACAGAGGAAGGAAAACUGAAUUGUAGUGUACUGUUCAGAAGUCAGUAUUAAGUUUGUCUUUCUUUUGUGUCAGAUUUAUGAGAUCGGAGAUUGUAAAAGCAGCAGUUGGCGGCUGAUUGCAAAAUAACUGGAAGGAAUUUAAAGGGAAUUUUUCAGAGGACGCACGUUCAGCGAGUGUGUGGUCUCCUUUAGUGGAAUGUAAAAAAUGAGAAAAAAAGGGGGGGAACUGAAAGUGCUCUGGCGUUGGACGCAGACUGACUCCAGUCAUUUCAAUCAGCGGAAGUGAAGAUAAGCGACAGAUGUGAAGGUAUGGGGCGAUCGGUAGUGUGUGCGGCAGGUUGGAGACGCUCUCGGCGAGGUCAAACAUGAUGGCGAGGAUCUUGUGAAAGAGACAGUGGGAGCCAUGGAGAUUACAGGAUUAUUUCACAUAUAGAACAGCUGUCAUACACAUGCUUACGCAUGUUUGUGCGUGGAGAAGGUAUACAUGUCACAUUCCCAGCGAUGUUAAUUAUUAGAGAGGAAUGAAGUCUGCUCUUUUUUGAACUCAUUUACACCCUGUGUUUUCCAUGCAGCCUCUGGGUUUAUAUUUGAACCUGCUAGCAGCAGGGCGCUCACUGCUACUUCUGUUGACAUGUAAAUUAAAGCUAACAGAAAACAUAAGUUGAAUUUUUCAAUAAAGUGUGAUAAUAGCA